AUGAAUCUCGUAUCGGCUUUCAUCUUCUCUAUCGUCUUCACUGCUUCGGCUGAUAAAGCACCUCGACGAUUGCAGACGUAUAAGCAGACAUCCGAAUACAUAGGUCUCAUGCUGGUACGCGUAAAUUUGGAACGCGAGGCUCAACGUCUUCCCCCACUUUGUAUAAACACUGAAUUACAACAAGCAGCUCAGCGUCACUCGAACGACCAAGCAAUGCACAAUUUCAUGGGUCACAAAGGCUCCAGCGGUUCUACUUUGUCAGAGCGAGUGACUGACAUUGGUUAUGAUUGGGACAGUGUCGCUGAAAAUGUCGCCAUGGGUCAAGUUAAUGUGGAUGAAGUCAUGGAUGGGUGGAUGAAUUCGGAAGGCCAUCGUAAUAAUAUCUUAGGCGAUUACACAAUGCUAGGCGCUGCCUACGCAUUCACUUCGAACGGACAAACUCAUCACUUUUGGACACAGAAUUUCGGACGUAGCGACACUGAGAAGUGUGACGAUGGCAGCGUGUCCAGUAAUUUCGGUACUUCGAGCAAUUCAAGCAUCGAACAGACCGAAACUUUCUUCGCUUCAAACGACAAAGUCAUGUCGGCACCCGCUCUACGAAAUUCACCCAUCAACUCAGCUUCAUCCACUAUCUUUCCUACUUCAUUUGUGCAUGUCAUGCUGAUUGUAUUCCUUCAUUGGUGUAGAUAG